CUCUUAGCCACCCUCUUUUUCAGUUUCAUACCCAAUGGAAGAAGCACUAAGGCGGCUCAACGGAUUGCCCAUAACGGCGUCUCAUUUCGACGACGCCGUUUCCUCUCCAAAUAACCACAGAAAAAAAUCUACUGCGUCCGCCAAUUCCUCCACGGCACAUACUGACCGUCGCAUCCCACGCGACGGUGCAACCUCCGGCGCGAUGCGAUACCGUGGAGUCCGACGAAGGCCAUGGGGCCGUUACGCUGCCGAGAUUCGUGAUCCAAACUCUAAGGAACGGCGAUGGCUCGGCACGUUCGACACGGCUGAAGAAGCUGCACGUGCUUAUGAUUGUGCUGCACGUGCCAUGCGAGGACUCAAAGCUCGCACUAAUUUUGUCUACCCGUCUACUCCAUCCUCGCCGCAUUCUCUCUCCGAUCAACUUCUUUCUCCUCUUAACUUUGCCAAACAGUCCCAGAUUUCUCGUCAUCUCGCCACGUCUUCGAAUUGGUCAGCAUUUUCAAACGCUCACACCUUUGAUUACCCUGAACACGCGUCUCAUCAGAAGAUCAAUCCUCCCCCGUCUUUCCUCAAUAUGCUUCUUCCUCCUCAUGAUAUUCAAAACCCUAACUUUGUCUCUUCUGCACCUCAGUUUACCCACGUCGACUGCCAAUACCAAUGCCCCAAAUCGUCUUUUACUUCUCUUCCAAUAGAAAAAGAUGAUUUUUUACCUGACUCAGAGUUCAUCCCCAAAGAACCAUCAAGUUCCGGCCUUCUAGAAGAGAUAAUCAAUGGAUUUUUCCCAAAGACCUUAAAUAAAACCCAACACCCCCAGUCUUCAAAUGACAUGUCUAUUUCUUCAGAGACAAAUUUCGGCUACUCCGUCGUCGACCAACAACCCGGGCUUUCGUUUAAUUACCAAAGCGGACCGGUUCAGGCUGCUGAUCAUCAAGAAAUGUCUUUUGUUAACGGUUUGCCGACGAACGUGCAGAUGGGUAUGGAGUCGGGGAAUUUGAUCAUGGAGAAUCUUCUUCAGUAUCCGGAGUUUUUCAACGCUUAUGUUGCUAAAAUACAGAAUGCUUAAGUGAAGUUUAUUUCUCAAUUUAUUAGUUUUAUGUAACCGUAAUUAAUUAUUUAUCUUAACUGCUUUGUGAAUGGGAAGUUUCAA